AUGGUACUAAGAAUGGCGAGACUCACUGAUGAUGCCGACUACGAUGCCGGCGAAACGUCUGGGAAUGUACCACGUCCAUGGUCCUACUCUGGAAAUGAGCAUGCAUGCAAUGGACUUCGGACAAGGCGGAGAAAUCGCCUGGAAAAGAAUAAGCCAGUCGAUUUGGAAUCUUUGUUGGCCUUAAUCCGCAACGCAGCUCAAGCCAAGCACUACAUCGAGAUUUACUUUGACAACCAAUCUUCCAGCUUCGUGCAUCUUGUCAGCCUAGAUCCCAGUAUAUGGCUAUUUUUAUGUAUCCACUUUAUUUCUUUGUUUCUUGAAAACCCGUUGCUUCCGGAAAAAACGCAGCUUCGCCUGGUACGUAGUAGUCCGUCAUGUCCUGAGUUCGAGGCAACUAUGCAGGAAGAGUAUCGGGUUUACAGGCUUUACCAAAUGAAGGUACAUAAUGACAGACCCGACGAACUGGAAUUCGGUGAAUUUCAUCGGUUCUUAAUAAAUUCCCCUCUUAUUGACGAUUCUGCUGCUCUCGAGGCAUUUUGCACUGUUCCAUCCACUUCCAAAUCCAAACAUACUAGUAGACCUCCCUCGUUUGGUUCCUAUCACCAGCAAUAUUGGCUUGAUGGAAAGAGGCUUAUCUGCGUGGGCGUGAUUGAUAUCCUUCCAAAGGGUAUCUCCAGCGUUUACUCCUUUUACGAUCCAGCCUUCUCCUUCCUCCAUUUGGGUACCUACUCUGCAAUCAGUGUUUGGUUAAAAGAUUCGAAGGUCUAUCCCACCAGAAGGCGACGACGGAUUCUUCUUGACCAGCUGUCAAUUGGCUUUACUGGAACAUUGUUGACGCUAUCUCUGAGGUCUUUAGAUUCAGAGGCUACUUCUGGAAAGAAGGCUAAUGAAGAGGACAAUUACUUUACGAUUAACAGGGAAAUUGCACUUGUUCGGGAUCUGGCAAGCCAAUACGGUCCUGGUGCAACGGUGGAACAGCGUUUGACCUCCUACGCCGAAUUUUCGGGAUACUACAUGGGCUACUACAUCCAUUCUUGCAAAAAGAUGUCAUAUAAAGGCAGGUUCCAGCCCUCUUGGCUCGCCUGUCCCGAGACCUAUAUUUGGACACCACUGACUGAAUGCCAGCGCAGGCUUCAGGGCCCACCUCCCGUAAAAUAUGCUCGCUUUUCAGCUGACGAUGCUGUUGACAUAGGCGCAACACUGGUAGCCGGGCUGAGUGAUGCGGAGCUUGAUCGGCGGAUUUUCUGCCUCAGCGAAUGGCCAAAUCUAUGCUGUGGUCUGUUCACUUUUGCAUCAGUAGUUGUUGAAUCUGAGGCGAUGGGAAAGCCUAGCUAUGUAUUGGAACUGGAAACUAACUGA